AUGGCGGCUCUUGACGCUGUUGCAGCUCAGAACGCACAUGUCGACAAGCCAAAGCCCAAACGCAAGGCCAGCGAACACAGCAGCCAUGGCCAUGGUCAUGUUGUGCACACCACUGCCCAUCGCGCGCACUCGCACCACAGUCACGCCCACGGACACGGACACACGGCACCCAAAUCAAGUCGCAGCGAGACACACCUCCCUCGUCUGAGCCGCACACCCAGCUCGAGCGGUGUCAGCGCGGUGACGUCCGAGUCGAGCAACACAGGCGGCAGCUCGAGGCGUCCUGCUGCUGCGGGGGGCCACCGCACACGCUCGGCCGAGCGCGUCCAGGUGGAGGUCGUUGAGGGCGGAUCGGGGUCCGCAGAGGCAGCCGAAGGAGCAGACGACGGCGAGUGGGAGAGCGGCGAGGAGACACCGGCGGUCGGCUCACGCCGUCUCCGGUCCGUCUCUGAUCCGCACAAGCUUCGCAGCACACAGCAGCGCAAGGCUAGUGCUCAGAGCAACGCGACUGUCGAAUCGGCAGCUACCGGCACGACUGGCGAUGGCGGCAGCCCGCUCGAGCUUGGCAGCAUGCAUUCUCCGGGGCAUGAACCGCCGGCGACCCGCAAGACGACCGGCUUCCCGGCACCCAGCGACUCGCAGACGUCUUUACCCAGCGCGGCGAGCACCAGUGCCGUUAGCGGCGCCGACGGUAUUCCUGCAGCUGCCGCCCUGCCUUCCCCACCGCACACCAGUUCCGAGGAGGAAGCCGUCCCGCGUGCCGACUCUGCUCCACUGUCAGAGCCGCUUCCACCUGUUGUGGCUGCCGAAUCUGUUCCGACGGCUUCGAGCGAUCCUGCCCCAGUCACGACCGAGCAGCCUGCUGCGCCCUCUGGCGGCUUCCCCUUCCCGCGCAUGGUGUCCGACGAGUCAGCCCCGCAGCACGUUGUCCGCCCCCACGCCGUCCAGCACAUUUCGCACGCAUCGCAGGCCAUCUCCGAGUCGCCCAUUUCGCCGCCCCAGUCGGUCCCAUCGCGUCUGGCAGAAUCGCAGACAACGCAGUCGAGCGCCUCGGCACAGUCGCCCGCCGCGCACGGGCCAUCAUCGGUGAUGGCGUCGGCACCCCGCAGCAGAGUUAUCAGCAGCCAUGCACCGUCGACCUUGCGCCAUCGCGGCUCGCAACAGUCUCUGCGUUCCAUCCAGAGCCUCCGUGCCCCGCCCCACCCGCUCAACAGUCCCACAGGCCGCUCGGGUUUCCUCCACACCAACAGCCCCAAGGAGAAGCGUGUCUCCAGUCUGCACUAUCCGCCCGCGGCACCUGCUGUGGUGUACCGCGAGACGGUCGGUGGCCACGGUUGGGACGAAUCGCAGCCCAAGGGUCGAGCCGAGCACGUCGUCGAGCGGGAAGAACCACCCUCGCCCGCCCCGCCUCCCCGCACUGAACGUGUUGGUUCCUUUUCGUCGGUCCGCUCGCUCAAAGACUUGCUGGCCGGCACCUCGACGCCCCCCGCGCGUGCCAUGCCCCCACCGAGGAAUACGUCCUCGCGCGACCCUUCACGCCGCCUCACCGCCAUGCAAGCGGCGUCGGCCGUCGCGCGCCUGAACACCACCUCGGACCCCGUCGCGUACCACCAGUCGUUGGGCUUUUCGCCCCAGACGGCCGAAACAGCCCAUCUUCUGUCUCGUUUCCUGCCUCAGCGCCGCACCGACCGUCCCAAAUGGGCCAUUUCUGCGCGCGAGGCCAUGGCGACCAUGGAGGCCGCGGAAGAGGCGCAUAUGCGCGGCGAAGAGAUCCCCGAGGGUCGCGUUGGCGUCACCGACGGGCAGUACCGCGACGCCCACGAGAGCCUCGUCGCCACGCUCCGGGAGCUGGGCAAGGCCGCGCCCGUCCGUCGCGGCGGCGCCAGCAGGUCGUACUCGUACCACAACCUGCUCGGCGCCGUCGCCGAGGACCCGCACGCCCACCGUCCGGGCACCGGCCAGACCCCCUUUGAGAUCAGUGUGGCCAGGUGUGUGGCGCAGCGGCCCACGUCGAGUCUGGCGUACUAG